UCACCCCACCGUUAGAUCACUCAAACUAGUACGUUCCUUCAAUUUAUAAGAAACUAGGAAGAAUUCUUAAUUAGCCAACGUUUUCAGAGAGAUGUUAAGAAUUCUAUCUUUGUCCCUCAUGUCCCGAUCUCACUCCCUUUCCCGCGAGUUUUCUCAUCCUCCAUUUUCCAUUCUUUCAUCACCGUACUCAACUUUGAACCAGCAAAACAAGGGAACCGAAGAAAAUCAAAGCACCCCCGGUUCAGUUUUCAGCAGGGACCCAUCUGACCCACCUCGCCUCUUGGUCGUCCAGCCUCGUCUCCGUCCCCCUACUUUCUUGCAGGCCAAGCUCAAUGAGGCUCUUUGUUUAGCUAACUCCCUCGAGGAACAGCGUGAUGGCUACUUUGAUUCUGAUUUCUUCGAUAAGGAGUUGCCUCCUCAUGUUGUUGUCCAAAACCCUUCUCUUAAAUCUUCCAAAAUCCGUGCUGACACGUAUUUUGGACCUGGAACUGUAGGAAACAUCAAAUGCCAUUUGAAUUCUUUGGAGUCCAAGGAUGGAGUUGAUGCUGUUUUUGUCAAUAUCAUCCUAUCUGGAGUGCAGCAACGUAAUUUGGAGAGAGUUUGGGGAAAACCUGUAUUGGAUCGUGUGGGCCUUAUAAUAGAAAUAUUCAAUGCUCAUGCGCACACGAAGGAGGCCAAGGUACAGGCCGAGUUAGCAGCUCUUAUGUACAAGAAGAGUAGGCUUGUCCGUGUACGUGGACUGGAUGGACGCAAUGCUUUUGGCGUUAGUGGAGAAGUUGAAGUUGUUAGUGCACGAGGGAGAGGAAGUGGUGGCCGUGGUUUCAUAAGUGGUGCAGGAGAAACUGAACUGCAGCUUCAGCGCCGAAGAAUCUUGGAACGGCGGAAUCAUUUGUUAUCCCAGAUUGAAGAGGUUCGCCGUACCCGAUCUGUGCAACGUGCAGCUCGUAAAAAACGAGGUGGACUUGAUGGCCAAGGCUUAUCUACUGUUGCUGUUGUAGGAUACACAAAUGCUGGGAAGUCUACGUUAAUUAGUGCACUCUCAGAUAGUGAUCUGUAUAGUGAUGCAAGAUUGUUUGCAACAUUGGAUGCUAGACUAAAAAGUGUUGUUCUUCCUUCAGGGAGGAAAGUGCUACUCAGUGAUACUGUGGGGUUCAUAUCGGAUUUGCCAGUGCAGUUGGUGGAAGCAUUUCAUUCAACCUUAGAAGAGGUUCUAGAGGCUGACCUCCUUGUGCAUGUAAUAGAUUGCACUGCGCCUAAUCGCGAUGAGCAUCGUUCCACGGUGUUGCAAGUUCUUCAGCAAAUUGGAGUGUCAGAAGAGAAACUUCAGAACAUGAUUGAAGCCUGGAACAAGAUUGAUUAUGAAGAAGAAAUGGGUGAUGCUGAAGAUGUUGAGAUCGGCGAUUUCUCGGGUGCAGAAGACGGCGAGACUGAAGGUUCUCCAGAAGAAGAUUUUGAUGUGGCGUCGGAGCUAUUAGAUGAGAAAUCGGUUGAUGGUAGUGAUUUAUUGAAUGACGAUAAGCAAGGGGAUUACUCCGAAGGCUGGCUGUUGUCAGAGGACGAGUCUGCGGAUGACUACUGGAAUACCCUGAAUGACCAGAAGCAAGCUGAGACCUCUAAUGACCGUAAGGCGCUAAAAGAUUCUGAAGCUGAACCUCAGCAUGUUCCACACGUCAAAGUAUCUGCACUCACUGGUGUGGGCCUUCAACAACUGUUGGAACUUAUAGAUGAAAAGCUCAAGGUGCAAGAUGAGCAGAUGAAGUCUGAAAAAGUAGUGGGAAGCAGUUUCGUCGAUCGAAAAUGGAGGCCCCCUCGAAAAGAAGAGGUAGCAGUUGAACAGUGAUAAGUAGUAGACAAACGAGAAUAAACAAAAUUUUUAUUUUAUUUAAUAAACGAAUAAAUACGAAUAUAGGUGUGUUUGGUUUUUUUA